AUGACCGAAUUCGCCGGCGAGCAACAUUUCUGUCCGUCAAUGUCCAUGGAGACGUCGCCGUCAGCUAACCACCGUCUGGUUGACUCUAUCUCGCCGUCUACUGCAUCCGGUCCGCCGUCGUUCGAUCCGCUGACUGUACCAUCGCCAAUGCUUGCAAGCCACUCCGAGAAGCGCCUCAACUCAUCUUACUCAUCAUCCCCACCAAGGCUUCGAAGCCUCAUAUUCCGAGCUGAAACCCUAAAAAUCAGAUCUCAACUCUCUCCCUCGCCAAAAUCGCCUUCGCCGCACCUACCCGAUCCCGUCGGCCCGUCGUCCUCAAGUAGUUUUCCGGCUAUCUGCUCCACGCUCGCCCUCAAGCAGUCAAGUUGUGCAACUCAAGGCUCAGGAACUGCUCCACCCUCGCUCUCGUUCACGGCCAGAGAUCUACUCCACGCCUCCACUCUCGCCCUCGUUCACGGCCUGAGGAUCCUGAAGAAGAUCUUCAUUUUGAAGAAGUUGAUUUGCUUUAAGACGUGCUCCAUAUUGUUGCUGCCAGUGCCAGGAAUUCCGGGAAAUGAGAUGAUGAGCCGACGGUGGUUGAUCAAAUCUGAAGUUGCUUUAUUGUUUUGGACUUUGUUCUUGAAUUUUGUGUGGCGGAUAACAAUCCCUACUUUUUUAACCGGUAUUGCGAGUGAGGAAGAAAACUUGGUAUAG